UAUAAAAGCCGCUCAUAGCUUACAUGGAACUUCACAUUUUGCAUCUCAUAGCAUUUGAAGGUCACAAAAGAGAGAGAGGGAGAGAGAGAGAGGAACACAAAAAAGGGAGAAACACAAACCCAACAACAUCGUAAGUUUUCGCACGUUGAUGGCCACUCGUGUGAUCCCUCAAAGAAUCCUAAGGAACCUCCGCUACAACACAGCAAGUACAGUGCACGCGCCACUCUCCCACACUCUCUCUCCUCCGUGUGUCCUCGACCCCAAACCCCCAUCCUCCGCCGUGCUCCGCCCCGCCGCUGACGACCUCAACCUUCACGACGUGGAGAAACUUUUCUCCUUUGUAUCCACCCCGAAGCUCCUCCGUUCCUCCGCCGUGCUCCAUGCCACCGCCCUCGAACCAAUGGUGGAUUUCGGCACGUGGCUGAUGAGAUCCAACCUCAUGCACAUGGAGGGCUUCCGUGACGUCGUCCUCGCCGCCGUACGCAGAACUUUCUACAGCCACUUCUGCGCCGGCGAGGACGCUUCCACCGCCGGCAAAAGCAUCGCUUCCUUAAACGACGCCGGUUUGCGUGGCAUGCUCGUUUACAGCGUCGAAGACGCUAAUGACAACGACGCCUGUGACCGCAACCUCCAAGGUUUCCUUGACACCGUCCGCGUCAGCAGAUCGCUCCCCCCUUCUUCGGUGAGCUUUGUGAUCGUGAAAAUCACUGCAAUAUGUCCUAUGAGUUUGCUUGAAAGAAUGAGUGACUUGCUUAGAUGGCAGCACAGAGACCCUUCUUUCACUUUGCCUUGGAAGCAAGAUUGCUUCCCCAUUUUCUCAAAUUCAAGCCCUUUGUACCACACUCGGAAGAGACCUGAACCUCUCACUCCACAAGAAGAGAGUGAUCUUCAACUUGCUUUUGAGAGAUUCCAUGAACUGUGCCAAAAGUGUGUGCAAGCCAGCAUUCCUCUAUUGGUUGAUGCCGAGCACACCCAAGUUCAACCUGCUAUUGAUUACUUCACCUACUCUUCUGCCAUCUUGCACAAUAAAGGUGACAAUCCUACAGUGUUUGGAACCAUUCAGACUUACCUUAAGGAUGCCCAAGAGAGGUUGAUGCUUGCAAGUGAGGCUGCAGAUAAGAUGGGAAUCUCAAUGGGGUUCAAACUUGUGAGAGGUGCUUAUAUGUCAAGUGAGAGAAGCUUGGCUGCUUCUUUGGGCUAUGCAUCCCCUAUCCACAAUACCAUCCAAGAUACCCACAAGUGCUUCAAUGAUUGCUCAUCAUACAUGCUUGAGAAGAUUGCCAAUGGCCCUGGUGGAGUUGUUCUCGCAACUCAUAAUGUUGAAUCAGGGAGAUUGGCUGCUGCAAAAGCACACGAGUUAGGAAUUGGAAAGGUGAACCACAAACUUGAAUUUGCACAGCUACAUGGAAUGUCAGAGGCACUUUCCUUUGGUUUGAGCCAUGCAGGGUUUCAGGUUAGUAAGUAUAUGCCAUUUGGACCUGUGGAGAAGGUUAUGCCAUACCUUCUGAGGAGGGCUGAAGAGAACAGGGGAAUGUUGGCUGCUUCUGGCUUUGACAGGCAACUGAUGAGGAAGGAGUUGGGAAGGAGACUAAAAGCUGCUGUCUUUUAAUUUGAUGGGUUUAAUUAAUGGGAUGUAAUAAUGUCUUGCUCUUAGGCAACAGGAUUCGCCAAAUCUUUGUACAAAGUAGAGAUUAGAGGAUCCUGUAUCUGUCUGAUUUGUGCAUUCAAUUCAAUGAAAUGCUCAAUUGAGUUAAUGAAAAGUCCAUUUUUUCGGU